CUUUUCAUGAACCACAACCAAAGACGAUGGGCCUGAGCGACAUCCUGCUUGCAGCAACGCUGUUCCUGAACGCGGGAGCCAUCCUCAACUUCAAGCUAGGAAGCAAGGAGGAGUUUGACUUUGAGGAAACAGAACCAUCAACCUGGGACAAAUUGAGAGAAUUCCUGCGCAGCCUGAGGUACUUUCGCGUCUUCAUUGCCAUCUGGAACGUCUUCAUGAUCUUCUGCAUGAUCCUAUUCUUUGGCAGUUAGAGCAGCAUCUCUUGGGAGCUGUCACCGUUUGCCGCUGGCACAGCCGAGACUGGUGGCACCUGUGCUGACGACGAUGCUGCUGUUGCUGCUGGUGUUGUGCUGGACUUGGCAGCAGAGGCCGUGGAUGUGUUAUUUGUCUUCAGUUUUGUCUGCAGCAGCCGAGCAGUGUGCACACAGUCACCAUGUUCUUCCUGCAUUGUGUGAGGUGUGGCGGUGUUGGACGGUGUUGUGGUGAGCAAUACGGUGGAUGGUGGUGGCAAGGAGAAGCGAGAUCGUGAUGGCGAGGGGAGAGCAGUGGUGGUGGCAAGGGUGGUGGUGGCAGUGAUGAAGGUGGCAGUGAUGGUAGCGAUGGUAAUGGAUGCGUGCGCGUCACCGCACGGCGUUGGGAGGGAGAGAGAAAGCAAACGGCGACGGGAUGCGAGAAUGAGUUGAGUUGAUACCAGUUACAGUGUGUGUGCGUGCAUGUGAAUAUGAGUUGUUUAAUGCCAGGUCUGCGCGUGUGUGUGUGUGUGUGCAUAAGUAAUACGAACCUUAAAGCCUUCCAUGUUGUCAGCAAUGGUUUCAUACACGCUGA